GCGGACAAGACGCCCAGUGCAGAGCAACAGUUCCACUAGCAGACUCUGGCUGGUCUGCUACACACCAGGGAGUGAAGUGGGGAUUCCUGGGGACUUGUGUCUCUCCUUCUUGCUUUUGUUUAAGCGUCCCGGACUUGGAAGAAGAAGAAAAAAACUCUCCACAAGGCAAAGACCUUGUUAACACACAACAGAUGGAAGCAGUUCAGAAAACGAAUCUCACUGACCAAGGAGACACUGGUCCUUACAGAAAGCUCAUGGACAAGAAAGAUCUUUGUGAGCCCGGGACGCAACAGGAGGACUCGAAUUACGUGGAUUUGGACGAUUUGCUAGCUAUGAAAACAGAAGGGACAAAGACUGUGAAAGUGACUUUUACUGGCGAGGGAAGCCAGCUGGCUAUAUUUAAGUGUAACAGCGAGGUGCCGGCUGCGGCGGACCGGGAGCAGUGCGCGCGCUCCGCUUACACCAUCACCAAAGACUGUCAGUCUAACAACAAAGAGCCUGUUUCGUCUGAAACAGUGUCUUCACCAGACAUUCCUGACGGUAGCGAUGACUUCAGGGACUGCAUCCCAUCACCAGAUGCCCGAGGGGAUGACAAAACGGAACCUAAACCUGGCAUCUUCCCUCCAAAUUACAACCCCAAAAAUGUUUCCUUUGAAAGUGAAGAACUACGCUACACGGAUAUGUACCUGAACAAGAAAAGUGAGUCAGAGGAUAGCGUCAGUGUUGUGUUGUCUGACAACUGCACACCCAGCACAACAGAGGACGAGUCCCACUACAUUACAACCCAUGAGAUACAACUCCUAGAGUUGGACCACGAUGUUGAUUAUGAUGUUGGACAGGGAUCUCGUUGGGACAUUGAGGAUGACAACCUGGUCUACUCCUUUGUAGAUUAUGCUUCCUUUGACAGCGAAGAAACCAUCGAGGAAGGACAGGGACUGGAGGAAAGAAGUGUAGCUAAGGUGCCAAGCCAUCAAGUAAAAUCUAAUGAUGAAAAUACUGCGGUAUGUGCAACUGGAGAAGGUGCAGUCAGUGCCAAGCAUGAUCUUUGUGACUCAGAAAAGUUUGUGAGUUCUGAUGAAAGUCUGUUGAAGAACCCAAACAGCAGUGGGAAUUCUGUAGGGCAGAUUCACUUGUCAAUCAAAGCCACUUCUAGAGCUAUAAAUGAGCAAAGGAACAUCCCAGAGAAGAAGAACGUAAAUGGUUACAUUUUCAAAAGUCCAAAUACCAAAGCAGAGGCAAUAUGCGACAGGGCAAACUGCUUCAUCCCAGCUCCCGGACGUGUGCACAUUGGGAGUAAAUUAAAGGGCAAGGACAUUAAUGAGUACUCCAGUGGUGCCUCAAGUUCAAUUAGCGAACUGGACGAUGCAGAUAAGGAAGUGCGCAACUUAACUACCAGAGCAUUCAGGAGCUUGGCAUGCCCAUACUUCAAUGCCAUCAACUUCAGCACCUCCAGCGAGUCCUCUGCAUCAGAGCAUGGUCUGGGAGUCAACAGGUGGUCCGCUUUUGUUGAUCUAAAAUACGGCAACAUGGCACAGGGAAGGGAGCAAAAUUUGAUCUCCCAUAAAAGUUCAACGUCAACAUUUGAACUGAACAAGAACGCAGAAGCUAAAGGUAUGAAUGCUGUGGCUUUAGCAAAUCUGAAAACACCCCAGACAAAGAUCUUUGCUUUAAAUAGCACCCUGCCAAACCCCAACAAUACACAAUCAUCUUCCACAAAAAAGAUAGAGCUGAAAGGUAAGUUUGGCCAAGGACAAAGUGGGGUAAUAACUUUGACAGAAACCUUAAAUUUUCGUUGUAAUGUUCAAGCUGGGGUUUCCAGCAGUGAAAGGCGUGCAAAAUUUGCAGAAAAUGUUGCGCUCUCACAUUCUAUAGAUGAAGUUGCAGGCACCCUGCAAAGCGACCCAGGGGUCGAAGAAAGCAACCUGCCAUGUGAUACAGGGGAAACCAUGGAAGAUGCACACAAAAAGUCCAUAUUUGCAUCAAGUCUUCUCAAAAAUGUAAUUUCAAAGAAAAUGCAGUUUGAGCAAGAGCGAAAAAUGGAGAGGGGGGAGAUUCAAGAUACAUACCCAGUGCUGUCACCCUGCAAUCCCUCCAAAGAUCAGGAAACACAGAGGGAGAAGGUUACAGGUGAAUCAAGGGACUUACAAAGAGAGAACUCCAAGUUUUCAGAGGCAGGGUCAGGGUUCAGCAUUGUGUCACUGGAUGAACUUGGGGAUAUUAUAGACAGCAAUUCAUGUGAACUCAAGGAUGACACUCAGAAAGAAGAAUCCAUGACCUUUUCACCAGAAGCUAACUUAAACCUCACAAAUGAAGUAUCGGACAGCAAAAAAGGCACAACUGAUGCAACAAAGAGCACUUUACAUCAUAGCCAAAACAGUGCAUUCAGAAGCUGGAGAGAAGAUGAGCAGGAAUGUCAAAAAGAACAGGAAAACUCCAGAACGCCAGUGAUCAAUCCACCAUCGUUCUCCGACAACAUGAGGAAAACAAGCCUAGAUGUUGAGGCAGGGAGCAGAAAGCCAACUAAGAUGUCUCACUUGUUCGUGCCAAGUAUCCAGCUUCCUUCCAAAGAGAGGGAACUUGGGAAGCCAAGUAAUGAAGAUACAGUCAGUGCUGCAUCAGGCCAGGAGCAAGUCAAUCACAGCAAUGCCAUGAAAAGUGCGCCAGCAUCAAGGUCACCUGAGAUCAAAAUCAGCUUGCGGAGCGUCAAAGACGGCAAACGCAAUCCAUUCAACAUCGCAAACCUGCUAACUCCAAAUAUAGGUUCCAGUGCAGCCGGAGCGACUAAGCCAAUCGAUGACUCCAAAUGCCAAACACUGGUCACGUCAUUAAAGGCAGAGUCAACUGACAAAGUCCCCAGUUUCACUGUUAGAGAUAUACGAGACAAUAAGUGGAGGCUUCAACCUCCCAUAUACCAGGUAAGAGAUGUGCGAAAGUUGGUUAAAAGCUCUUAUCACUUUGUUUCACUGGACAAUCAGGAGAACAAAUCAUUUACUGCAGCUGAUUCCCAAGUGCAGCAAAACACGUGUAAACAGGGACCCCUUAAAAGCACAGCAACACCUUCACCCAUAGUAAUAAAGUGCCAGUCUGUGAAUACAAACAGCAACUUGAAGCAAAGUGGAAAUCUGACCGCGAUUUCAAAGCGUAGACUUGCAGAUGCCGGCGUAUCUUGUCAGGUACCUGUGGAAGGUACCAAAAAUGGAACCGUGCCAGGUAAUCGAACAACAGGUAGGGUCCCCCCAGUGACAGCAAAGCAAUACAAGAGCGAUCAGUCCGACGCGACAGGCGGUGUGAAGAAAGAUAAGGUCUCCGAUGCCGGUGAAAGGAAGUCGGAGUCAAAAACAACCAAUCAGGCUGCCAUAGAGAAACUGAAAGCUGCAGUCAAAACAAUGGAGCAGCUCUACGUGUUUGACAGGAAUGAAUGGAAACGGAAAACUCAGGCUCCUCGGCCAGUUACUGACAGCCAUGUGCUUUCGCUCAUCACCAGCGAAGAGCAAGUCAGUGCAGGAAAAGUGGAAUCUGAAGGAGAGACUGGAAACCCGGCAGGGAACGAAAAGUGCGUCCCGACAAACUCUUCGCCGACAUUACCCGCUGGUCCCACACUGGAAGAGUCACAGAAAAAAGAAGAUAAGGGGUCUCUUAAAACUUUAAAGAUCCCCUAUAAAGAGGAGAAACAAUUUACAAAAUCCCAGUCUCAUCAAGGUGGAACUUUCAGGAACAAAGAUGUCUUUUCGCUUGGUAGCAAAAACAGGGCAACUGCUACUAUCAGUGGCCCUUGUAGCAAAGUUCCUACACCGAAAGUGCAAUCCAGCUCCAAGAGCUUUGUGUCGAAAGCUCCCAAAGUCCCUCUGUCGUUAAAAAUAUCUCAGACUAAACCUGAUGCAGAGGAGAGUGAGAAGCUGAACGGCAGUGAGGCAGAUAGGCCUUUACCACCACAGCCCAACAGAUUUGCGCCCUCGGAGUCGGAGAAUUAUCUCACCAUCCCUGUUAAAACCUAUUCUGGAGACGCCAAACCGGCUGCCUCGUCCAGCAAAGAGCCGACAGCCAUCUAUUCUACCGCGUCCACCAGUGUAGGAUUUCAGGACCAAAGACCAGUCGCUCACUCUAACCAGGGCGAUGCAAAGAGACUCAGCUUGCAGUUGGACAAAAAUCCUGCCAUCACGGAGACACGGUCCCCAGAUUCCCCUACGGCUACCAUCUACCAUCACUCCCUGCCCAUGACAGUGCAGGGUGCUCAACCACAGGUCUUCUGCUUCUCGCCAUCAGUGCCUCCAGCGACCACACCGUCGCUCGACCCCUUCCAGCAGACUCAACGGAAGAUGCUGCUGGAUCCCACUACAGGGCACUACUACUUGGUGGACACCCCAGUCCACCCAGCCACAAGGAGGCUAUUUGACCCUGAGACAGGGCAGUACGUGGACGUCCCGGUGCCACAGCAGUGCAUAACCCCGGUGCCCAUGCCUGUCUCCCCACUGGCACUAAGCCCUGGUGCCUAUGGCCCCACCUACAUAUACUAUCCAGGCUUUGUGUCCUCCUCGGCCGUGAUGACCACAGGGAUGGACGGAGGUGGGGACAAGUCCAGUGCCCGAGAGGCAGCACCAGGUGGGCAGCCAGGGGACGCGGCCUGCUGGGAGAGCCCCUACUAUAACUCCACAGGGCGGUCCGCACAGGGGCAGCUUGUGCCGCAGUUUGUCAAGUCCAGGGUCUGUCAGGACUCCUCCGGUGGAAAGCCUGUCAUCAGCAUCACAUCGCAGCAAGGUCCAAGAAUCAUAGCUCCACCUUCCUUUGAUGGAACCACCAUGAGUUUUGUUGUAGAGCACAGGUAAACUGCAAGAGGCUUGACAUGAGCAAACCCUGAAGCCUUUCUGCAAUUCCCACACUUGCCUGGUCUUGUCAUGGCCCAUGACCGUAGUCAUCACGGUCAGACCCCACCGCCGCCCUGCCUCCUCCCUCAUCUGUUUUCACUGUUAGUCACCGCAGUGUGCGUACACCCCCAAGCUCUGCCUCGUAUCCACCCUGUCAUCCAGUUCCAGCAUAUUCUGGUUGAGUUCUGUAAAGUAAAUUUACCAAGUCAGCAGAUUCAACUCAGACUCAAUUUCAAAACUGGACGGUUGCACAUCAGUACCGCAGUCAGUUUUCCAUUAGUAUCGGAUCGAGAGAGAAAGCCUGCACCGUGAGAUGAGUAUGUGUACAGCAAACAUAACGCCACCCGUGGUUGUGAGGUCACACCUGUUCUAUGAAAUGCAGAAACCUGAAAAUGCUGCGUUAAAAGUGACCAGUGCUGGGUCAGUCUGGACGGGACACACACCACUUCACACACCUACCCACCACAGUGGGUUACAAAGAAUACCCUGCAUCAGGGGUGAUGUUCUUAACUAAUUUAUUGCGUGAUAAAAACUAACAGAAUGCUGACCCACGCUGAGCAGUACUGGGUUGCUUUUAACCCAGCAUUUUCUGAAAGCAAAUGUGGACACAUGAAUGCUCAAAACACCUUCAUCUGAUUAAAAGAAAAAAAAAAAAAAAUUUAAAUGUGUUAUUUCAACCAUUGAGCAAUGGUUCCCCAGUUUUUAUAUUUAACAAUUAUUUUUAAAAUGUGGGAGUCUUGUAGCCCUGAUUUCCCUUUACUCCCUUUGUUAAAGUCAAUAUUCUCCAAAGCGUUUAUACUUAGUCCCAUAUGCUGUGGAAUCUGAGAUGAUGCUGACCAAAACAUAACACAUAAGGGCAGUUCAUUGUUCAUUCUUCCUACUCUGAUGAAGGUGCUAUGCAGAAUCUUCAGGUGGACCCCAGCAGGUAGCCGACACAGCAGAAUAAGGCUCCGGCCCCUUAGACGAAGUGCAGCCAACGCUGUAGGGUGAUGCGCCGUCUAGCCAGGCUCCAGAGGGACGUGUCCUCCGGCUGCUCCGCUCCCCAUCGCCGCUCUUCAGCUGAAACCCAGCAUCCGGCCCGUAGCCCCCUGUCCUGUCUGAGAAAAGCCCCACCUGUUCGUGGCAGCCACAGCGAGCCCUCCCACAGUACGCAGCGCCGUACUGGACACGGCUUAUACUCUCUUUGUGUUCGUGAGGACCUCUCAAGGCACGUGUGUGUUGUGUGACAAACAGAGAAGAUCACGCAAAGGCGUGUGCUCUCAGUAGCUGGAGCUCCAGCCUGGUCUCGGUCACCCGUCCGGGGGCCGUUCCGGGUCGAAGCAGUUGCUUACUAGGGUACAAGUUACCCACGUAGCAGCAGGUCGGCGGAGCCAGCUGGCGGAACUGGUUAGAGGAAAGCCUCCUCUAUGGGUCCCAGCCUUCAUAUAUGACCCCUGUGUAAUGGGGAAAGCUGCCUGAGAGGGUGUGUGUCCCAUUGUGUGUGUUUGCCAUGAAUGUGCGUGUCAGGGUAAGGCUGCCCCUGUGGCUGAACACGACAGCGUGGAUCCUUUUCUCAUUGCGGAGUCAGGGGUCCCGCUUGGACCUGGGCUUCAGCUGACGGGGUCGGCCUGAAAGGAGCCGCGCGGCCCUUGUGGAAAACGUCCCCCUUGUCCCCCGGUCCCACCGCAGACAUUUUCUGCUUGUUGAGUCCAUGCGCUCCGAAUAACACGAAUAACACGUUUCUACGCAUGCGACUGUCCCACUGAGCACUGCCUUCGGUCACUUUAAAAUGAGCCAACCGUUAAAGCCGAGGUGGUGGGACAGCAAAUAUUACAGUGACUGAGCUAUAAUAAAAAAUAUUAUAGGGGCUGAACAUUCAGUAUGUGUGAGACCUGUAACCAGAGUGUUGCUACUUCAAGUCCUUGGGAGGCCCUGCUGUGGAAACCCUGAGCAAGGUACUUUACAUGGAUUGCUCCACUAACACAUCCAGAUUUAUAAAUGGUAAACGUGUAGGUAAUUUUUGGGACAAAGCCAACAAAAUGAUGAAUUAUAACAGUGUUGUACGUAAGAUAAAUAAGACAAACAUUUAUAAAACGCUCCAUUCCGUUCAUCUCGCAAACACUGAAAGCAUUCCCAGAGUAUGUCAGGUGUCCACUUUGAGCUAUACUUUGAUUAUUACUUUGGAAGGUGACCUACCUCAUCUUUACACUCUUAAAUAAGCUGUGUCAGCAGUACGCACUUUCCAAUCGGCUGCUGCGCUUGCAGCGUUGCUCAGUGCGAUCACGCGUGUUUGGCGUACGCAUACUCCGAGCCGUGCUCCGGCCUGAACUUGAAGCUCGACAUUUCCUGCCGUACGCGUGUCCCCGGUACGAGGAAGAAAAAAUAUUGACGGCAAUAAGCAGAAGAGAUUUUCCGGUCGUGCGCGAGAGACGCAGUGUGUAUGACGGAGCGUGUUUAGUGUAAAACUACUUCAGCAAAAUGUGGCUCAAUGUGAAAUACAGGAAAGCUGACUGAAACUGUGUAUCCCCUGCUCUGUACCAUGCUUUUACCACAUAGCCCUACAGCAUUGCUGAGCCACGCUAUCUAUAUGCUUGUUCUCCGGAGAAGCGGUGCUUCCUGCCUCUCCGAAACACUUACAGUAGUUCCCACGUUUGAGUACCUAUAGGUUGCUGUUUUUCUUCUUUUUUUUUAUUUUAUUACACUAAUCAAAACAUUACUCACAGGUAUUUGGAGCUGCUGGUCAGUCUAUGUACCUGAAAGUCUGUGGAAGUACAUUUUGUUUAAAUUAUCAGUGACAUCGUGUAUCUUUGUAAACGGAAAGGUGCCUUUUGUCAGUGAAUUCCUAUGCACAACAUGUGAGUUUGCACACCAGCAUUACCUGUUAACUGUUGCACUUGAAAAAUCUCAAGCUGACGUUUUUGGCUAUAUUUAUCAGGGCCUGUUUUUAACUUCAGGGUCAAAAGAGGAGCCGGGAAGGGAUGCAAACCUGGGUACUGUUGAUGAAAACACAUAUCCUUGCUUGAAAAUGAACCCAAGUCCCAUUCGCGUCCGUUUUAAUAUUUAUUUCAGUACGGGAGAAAUAAUAUGCUGUUUCCACGCGCUCAGUGUUGUUUGUUAAUAUUUUUAUACAUAUCUGAUUUCAUGAAUCCUGAGGUAAGAAAUCAAAUACUUGAUAAAAUGUGGCCUAUGCGCUCACUGUGCGUUGCAAAGGGUUUGGCUGAAAAUCCGAGCACGGAAAAGAUUGUUCUCGGGCACUAUGGCUGUGAAAGCAGAUUGGUUCAAUUUUGUUGACUGAAAGGUGUAUGUGAAUCUCAAUGAUCUUCUGUAAGCCUGUCUACUCUUUGAAUUUGCAUAUUUUCAGUGGAUAGGUCAAAUUAUAAUCCAGAACCUGGAAUUCAAUUGAAAAUUCUGAUCCAGCAGAAAAGCAAAAACUACAUUUUAAUGGAGGACAUGGUAUGUAAAGACCAACAGUGAAAUCAAUAUUUCCUGCCCAUAAUUCACCACAUAUGUUCUUUAAAAAGGCUCUAGUACUUUCCUUUGAAAGUCAAAAGCACUGAUAUUACAAAAAGGUCUGUAGUAUGUGCUGCUAAUCAGUUAACCCUGAAUCACAUUUCUUCACACUCAUACCAUUUCCCGAAUUUACUCUGUUGUAUUCAUCAGGUCCUUUGGUCGUAAGGAUCUUUAUCAAAAGCCUGAAAACCUCACACUGGGCUUGACUUUAUGCUGGAAAUGAGAGGAAAUGGUUAAAAUUGGCAAUAAAGAUUGGGCUUCUCUUUUUCCAUCUUUUAAACUAAUUUAAUUAACGAGGGUCUUCUGAGUUUUCAGACCUUCAUACGGUAAUCAGCGUAUGGUGGAUAAGGACCCUUAAUGACAGAGGAAUUGCUGUAUUUUAUAAUCUACCCCCAACCCCUACCCCAGUACAAACCACUCAUGAAGAAGCUGAUAAAUAUGUUCUUUGGGGACCUUUAGGGGCAGGGGGACCCCCAGGGGUAACAAGGCCCAAUGUAAAUGCUUGCUCUGGAAGAUGGUCUGGAGAGAGACCAGGCGGGAUAGCUGGACAUGUAUGUUGAACGUGUAUCGUGGACUGUUUCUGAGCGAGUCCUGUUGGACCACUGGAAUGUGUAGAGAAGGUAAGCUGAAAGUUUGCGAAGAACGUGAAUGAAGGCACUUUGGAGAAGGAUGGAUCAGCGUGGGGGUGGAGGGCUCUCACUCUGCCCUCCCACCUCGAGGACGUCACUGUCGCACCGCACAACGGACGUGAACUCUUAUUUGAACAGAGACUAGAGAGACGUCAAUGGAUGGUGGACUCAAACGGAUCUGAGUGGCGUUUUACAGAAGAAAUGUAUGUGAAGUCGGCAUGAUACUGUGACGUACUUAUGUGGAUUUUGCAAGCAGAUAUACAUUGAGAUGUUGCCCAAUGAAAACGAUGCUCUUUUCCAACACGUGUGUGCGUUGUCAUUGCCAUGAAUCCUGCUCUGUGUAACAUUGCUGCUUUUAAUUGGCCCACCAGCUGUUUACUAUUCUGCCCUACAAACAGGCAAAACUGAAACAAGAACAUAUUGCUAUUGCAAAAACACCAGUGUUCAACUUGGGGUUUUCUGAUUUUGGAUAUUUGCUCAAAAAAGAGGUAACUGGGAUUAAAGAUUUAAACCAUAAGACAGCUCAUCUCUGUAACUCAA